AUGGAACAAGUUCUAUGGCCCAAACAUUGCGUUCAAGAAACAGCUGAAGUAGAAUUGCACAAAGAUCUUAUGGUUAAUUCAUCAAAAAAUAAUAUUUUUCAUAUAAAAAAAGGUAAUGAUUCUGAUAUUGAUAGUUAUUCAGCAUUUUGGGAUAAUUUCAAACGUCAAGAAACAGAAUUACAUAGUAUACUUAAACAAUGGAAUGUGACACAUGUCUAUGUUGCUGGAUUAGCUACAGAUUAUUGUGUAGCAGCAACAGCGUUGGAUGCGAUGGAUUUGAAUUAUACAACGUAUCUUAUUCAAGAUGCAUGUAGAGGUGUUGCUAAUGAAUCAAUUAACAAUAAAACGAAUGAGAUGAGACAGAGAGGAAUUCAAAUAAUUCAAUCUCGUCAAAUUAAUACAUUAUUUUAUAUUAAUAAUAUAACAAGUAAAUUUUUAAGUAUUAAUCAUCAUAAUCAAAAUGUACAACUGCAACAAUUGAUAGAACAAUACCAAGAUCAUUCUCAUGUAGAUUUAUCGGAACACCAAUUAACUGAUGAAGAUAUGAAAAUUAUCAGUAAAGAAAUUCUUAUUAGAAAACAAUGUAAACAAUUAAUAUUAAAAUCAAAUAGAAUUACAUCUGUUGGUGUUUCAAUCUUAGCUCAAACAUUACAUAAUAAUAAUUCACUAAGUUAUCUUGAUCUUUCAUCGAAUCAAGUGUCUGAUGAUGGCAUGCAUUUUCUAAGUAAAAUACUUUCAAUGAACAAUAAUACACUAAAAAAACUUGAUCUUGGAAAAAAUGGAAUUACAGAUGAUGGUAUGAAACAUCUUGCUCAAAUGAUUAAAACAAAUAAAAUACUGACGCAACUUGAUCUAUGCUCGAAUGAAAUAACUGAUGAAGGAAUUCGAUUAUUGGCUGAUGCAAUUGAAAACUCCAAUUCAACGAUUGAAUUGCUUUGGCUUACUUCGAAUACAUUAAUAACUGAUAAAAGUAUUGAAUCUAUUAUUGGCAUGGUUAAAAAGAAUCAAUCAUUGAAAAGACUCUGGAUGUUUAAAUGUAAUUUAUCUGAAAUUGGUAAAAAGAAACUUAAAGAAUUAGAACAAUUAAAUAAGAAUUUUAGAGUGUAUGUAAACAAUUGGAAAGAUUAA